AGUCUGUGAUAUAAUUUAGAGGUUAUAAAUGAGGUAAAUUGUCAAUUUAACCAAAAAAUUUAAUAACAUUGUAAUAUUUAUUUUGGCCAUCGAAUAUGUUUUCCCAAAUAGUUUUUAAAAUAAAAUUAACACCUAAUAUAAAGAAAUACUUUUCAACAAAUGCAGUAGGAUCUGCAGUUAAUUCACUGCAAAAUUCAAAUGAUGUAAAUGUAGAAUCAAAUUGGAUACGAUCACCAUCCUAUGAAGCACCACGACAAGUCUGGAUUGAAAAUUUUGAUACUAUAGAUGAACAAAAAUUAGGAAUUAUGGAUUUACAUCCCGAUAUAUUUGCAGAGAUGCCACGAAUUGAUGUGAUACAUCAAAAUGUGAAAUGGCAAAGAUUAUAUAAAUGGGUAUGUUAUGCUCAUACUAAAGUACGAUCAGAGGUUCGAGGUGGUGGAAGGAAACCAUGGCCACAAAAAGGUUCUGGACGAUCAAGGCAUGGUUCGAUAAGAAGUCCGUUAUGGCGUGGUGGGGGUGUUGCACAUGGACCUAGAUCACCAACGCCACAUUUUUAUAUGUUACCGUUUUAUACUCGUGUUCUUGGUUUAACAUCGACUUUGUCUGUAAAAUUAGCUCAAGAUGAUCUACAUGUUGUAAAUAAUCUUAAUAUACCAACUGACGAAACCAAAUUUAUUGAAGAACUUUUUGAGAGUAGAAAUUGGGGACCAUCAGCUUUAAUCAUUGAUGAUACGGAUAUAAUGCCUAGAAAUAUAACAGUUGCUACAGAUACUAUAAAGCAUGUUAAUUUGAUGCCAGUUUAUGGAUUAAAUGUUUAUUCAAUGUUAAAACAUAAUACAUUAAUAUUAACAGUUGCAGCUGUUCAAAAACUUGAACAACAAUUAUUAUAUCAUUUAAAUAGAAAUGAUGGUAGCUUAAUGAAUCGUAAAUUUAAAAUUAGUCAAGUUUAAAUUACUACAUCUUUAAAUAUUCAUUAAUUAAACGAUGUCUCAAUAAAAAUUCGGCAAUUAAUUUUAUGAAAUAAAACUCAGUUACACAAUAAGGAAUAUUCAUGUAUUUUUUUUUUAUAUUUUGAGAUAUUUAAACGCAGUCCUUUUGGCGCUCUCUGUUGAUGAUGUAUUAAUAUGUGACCUGUCAUUUAGUGACAGUUCAAUUUACUGUUUACUAUAGGUGUAAUGUAAUACCCACAGAUGUAGUAAUUAUAGUAUAUAUCCAUGGUAAUACCAUUCAAAAUAUAAGUAAUUAAUACCAUACAGUAUGUCAACAAGUCUGACAACUCCACUAUGACGUC